AUGCGCGUAUCAAUCUCUGCUGUCCUGGCAGCUAUCUUGCCAACCGAUGCGCUGCAGCUCACGCGGCGCCAGCUUGCCGGCGCCGCAGCGUUUGGAUUCGUGCCGGCCGCGCGGGCCGACGUGCCAGUCGACCCCUUCAACAGCAUGUGCCUCGGCUUCGGCUGCAACUCGCCGCAGGGCGUCGACAGCCCCGGUGCGCCGGCGCCGACCGACGAGGACUCGAUCCCCUGGAAGCAAGCCUUGGAGCUCAUCGAGGCGAAGAAGGUCAAGAGUGUGGAAUUCAACGACGUCGCGAUGGACAAAUGCUGGGUCGUGACGAGCGACGGGCGGUUUAGGGUCGGAGAGGGGUACCCGUGAAUUGCGGCGUCCUUUGGUAGUUAUACGAAGAUACGCCAUCGACGCGUAUCUGACGGCGUCUGUGCCACACAGGAUCGAGGACGGCCGGUCGUGGUCGUCGCCGCUCUUCGUGACGCGGAUCUUGGACAACAACCAGAUCCCGCGGACGUACGUCGGGGGGCUCAAGCGGAAGUCUAGGUAA